AUGAAAGAAUUAAAACGAAUCAUUCAGGAGAGUGAAGUUAUGAAAGAAGACGAUCAACGAUGGCCAAAAAAGAAUGUUGUUGGACGACAGGAACUUGAAAUUCGGCUGGGCAAUGAACACAUCUCAUUUGAGACAGCAAAAAUUGGGUCACUUGUUGACGUGCAAGAAAGUGAUGACCCUGAAGGUCUACGUGUAUUUUAUUAUUUAGUACAAGAUCUUAAAUGUUUGGUCUUUUCGUUGAUUGGAUUACAUUUCAAGCAACAAUAUAAUCAUAACCUAUCUAGCUAUCAAUUACAACAUGGCGAUGACGACUUCGUCACUAGUUAA